AGCGCAAACAAUCAUUUCGGCGUCUGUACAACAUGCUGCGCUUCCAGGUCGGUCGCUUGGCAUCAUGCUCAUCGAGAGCGUUCUCUACAACAAGCAAAGCGAACGCGAAAGUGGCUCUACUGGGCGCGUCUGGUGGCAUCGGACAGCCAAUGGGACUACUUCUCAAGCAGUCACCGCUCGUAACAGAACUAGCAUUAUACGACAUAGUUAAUACGCCUGGCGUGGCAGCUGAUUUGAGUCACAUCAACACGCGAGCAGAAGUAACCGGAUUUCAAGGAUCCGAGCAACUGGCGUUGGCUCUGGCCGGCGCUCAAGUCGUCGCGAUACCGGCUGGACUGCCUCGCAAGCCGGGAAUGACGAGAGACGAUUUGUUCAACACAAACGCGAGUAUCGUGAAACAGUUGACCGAGGAAGCGGCCAAGGUAUGUCCAGACGCGAUGAUCUGCAUCAUUUCUAAUCCGGUCAAUUCCACUGUUCCUAUCACAUCAGAAGUCUUCAAGAAGGCAGGAGUCUACAAUCCAAGAAAAAUAUUUGGAGUCACCACACUAGACAUCGUGCGAGCGAAUACAUUCGUAGCAAAAUUGAAGGGAUUGAAUGUUGAUGAUGUGAACGUUCCAGUGAUUUGUGGCCAUUCAGGAGUGACAAUCAUUCCUCUACUUUCGCAGACGACCCCGUCUGUAUCCUUUAGUCAAGAUGAUAUUGAAAAGCUAACACAACGAAUACAAAAUGCUGGAACUGAAGUUGUCGACGCGAAAGCUGGAACAGGUUCAGCAACACUAAGUAUGGCAUAUGCAGGAGCUAGAUUUGUGUACUCACUGUUAGAGGCAAUGAAGGGCAAGGAUGUUGUAGAGUGUGCGUAUGUCAAGUCAGACGUGGCUGAUUCACCUUACUUUGCUACUCCCAUUAGACUUGGACCAAAUGGAAUCGAAGAAAAUUUGGGGACAGGGAAAUUAUCAGACUACGAGCAGCAAAAACUACAAGAAGCGAUGACCGAACUACAAGCGAACAUCGCAAAAGGCGAAAAUUUCAUGAAAUCGUGAAUAACUUGUUGGUGCUAGGAGCUGUUUUAUUGGUAAUGUAUGAACGAAUGUCACUGCAUGCAUAGGUUAGAUGGUUAGAUGGGAUGUGAAUGCUCGUCGCUUUACUGUCUGUUUAAUUAACAUAUAUAACAUUCAA